AUGAAAGUAAACAUUAUACUUUUAUUAACUUUUCUUAUUAACAUUGUUUUUGGUGGUUAUUGUACACAAGAAGGUUGUAACGAAACAUUAUUAGACAAAUAUUAUUCAAGAUUUAGUCAUUAUAAUAUUAGUAUUGAAGCUAUGUUAAAAGAAAAAGAAGAGUUUAAAAAACAAUAUUCACCUAAUAAUGAAUAUGGUUAUAACAAUACUAUUGAAGAAUUUGUUGCUGAAGAACUUCAAGAUCGUUUAGAUAAUAAAAUAUUCUUUGAUUAUACUGCUAAUGGUGUAUAUACUAAAUCACAAAUGCAAAAAGUAUUUAAUAAUUUAAAUUCCAAAUUUUUUGCUAAUGCACACUCACACAAUAGUGUUUCAAGUAGAACAGAUAAUGCAGUUCAUGAAGCUCGUCAACUAAUUUUAAAAAGAUUUAAUGUUACAUCAGCUGAGUAUACAGUAAUUUUUACAGCUGGUGCUACUGGUGCACUUAAAUUAAUUGGUGAAAGUUUCCCAUGGACAAAUAAUUCUAAAUUUAUGUAUUUAAGACAAAACCAUAAUAGUGUUCUUGGUAUUAGAGAAUAUGCGUUAGAACAAGGAGCAGAAUUUAAAACAGUUACUGAAGAGGAAUUAACAUCUGAAGGAUGUGAUAAUUUAUUUGAUGAAAAAUGUGAUGGAAUUCCAAAAAUACUUCGUAAACCAACAUUAACAGAAUAUCCAACUAAGGUUUAUAAUUUAUUCGCAUUCCCUGGAACUGAGAAUUUUGCAGGAGUUAAAUAUCCAUUAGAAUGGGUUAAUAAAUUUGGAAAUGAAAAAACAGGAAAGAAUAAUAAUUGGUUAGUUUUAUUAGAUGCUGCUGCAUAUCUUAGUACUGGUAGAUUAGAUCUUAGAAAAUAUCCAGCUGAUUUUGUUGUAAUGUCUUUUUAUAAAAUUAUAGGAUAUCCAACUGGACUUGGAGCUUUGUUAGUUAAAAAUGAAGUAAUGGAUUUAAUGCAAAAGAGUUUCUUUGGAGGAGGAACUGUUGUUAUGAGUGAUUGUGAUACUCAUUUUUGUUUAUUACAUGAAUCAGGAUGUCAACGAUUUGAAGAUGGAACAAUUAGUUUCUUAUCUAUUGCAUCAUUAAAAUAUGGAUUUGAACAACAAGAUCAUUUUGGAGUAGAAAAUAUUCAAAAUCAUGUUAUGUCUAUUGUUGAUUAUUUGUAUGACAAAUUAAGUAAUCUAAAACAUUCUACUGGUCUUCCUGUUUUUGAGAUUUAUGGUAAACAUGCUCAACACGAUCAUUCUAUUCAAGGCCCAAUUAUUAAUUUAAGUGUUAAAGAUGAAAAAGGCAAUUAUGUUGGAUAUUCUAUUGUUGAAAAGAAGUUAGAUGAAGCUGGUUUCCAAGUUAGAACUGGAUCUUCUUGUAAUCCAGGUGCUUGUUAUGGUUAUUUAAAUAUUACUUCAGAUGAAGUAAAGAAAUUUAGUUUAUUAAGAAAUGGAUGUGGAGAUGAACAUGAUAUCAUGGAAGGAAAGCCAUUAGGAGGUGUUCGUGUUUCAUUAGGAUAUCUUUCUACUUUUGAAGAGGCAUAUUCUUUUAUUGAAUUCUUCAAACAAAACUUCCAACAUUAA